AUGGGUAUUUGUUUCUCGGUAAGUGGAUAUUAUACUUUGCUCGGAGGUGUUUAUUGACUGUAAACGGGGUUUUGUUUGAUGGGUAAAAAGGAAAGAGCUCUCAGAAGAGUUGAGGAAAGUGGGAGAAGAUUGGAUGUUGAUUUCUGUGUGAUGUAAAUUAGACUUACUCGGUUUUCGAAUUGGGUCUAGUGUAAGGUUGGGAGAUCUCCAGUUGUUCCGUAAAAAACAAGGGGAGUGUUGCGUAAAUGUGUUAGAAAGGUCGUCAGCGACGUAAUGCACAGUUUUCUCUUGAAAUUUCUGCGGCUCGACAUAAGUUUGGAAAGCAGAUUUGUUUUAACUUCUGAAAUUCAGGAAGACCUGAGAUUUUCCUAAAGAAAUGGUGGCAAAAUGGUGAUUUUUGAUUGUACCAUGAAGAAUAAGGGUCUGGAAAAUCCCCAAGGCUCUCUGCGUUCAUCCAAAUGGUCAUUGCGACCUUUAAAACUUAUUUUUCAGGUCCUCCGUUGUGGAAAAUGUCAGCACACCAGGUUCUUCCGUUGCGUCUGUCAGAAGGAUAAGUGUCUCAUCGGCAAUGACACACAGGCGAACCUCGAAAGCGGUGGCUCGCGCUCUGUCAGCGUCAGUGAAGCAUCUGCAGCUAGAGUUGACGUUGUGGAUGAAGUGAAUCCGACUCCUUCGGAAGCCGAAGUUGAUGUCCAUAAUGAGUUGUUUGAGUUCGGAAAGAACGAUGAGGAGGAUCACGAGUUUUCGUUCACCAUGACCAAUGCUGGAGAUGAAUUAGAUUCAAAUAUUCCGGCUUUAAUCGUAGAAGAUGUGAGUUUUUAAAUAUUAUUGUUUGGCGUUUAGUGUUUCAUCAAAGAAGUGACGCAAUAGGCGUGAAACACUUUUUGUCACCACAAAUUAUGAUUGCAUAAGAUGUGAGGAAGCACAUUGCGCCUUCUGGUAUUAUUUGUUGAUACAUAGAAGAUCUUUUGUCAAUGAUUUUGAGCUUUUUUUCAGGCACAGCCAAACGAUUCCAUGGCAAAUUUGGAAGCGGCGCAUUUGGAUACAACUGCUCGGAAAAGACAGUUUAAGAACAAAGUUCGAAGGAAUGUUGUGCUGGAGGAACAGUUUGCUGUAAGUUCAAAAAAGGUCUAAUAAGGUUCAUUCGAUGUGUUUCAGUUCCAUCUUACCCCUACCAAUUCGAUGAUUCAAGUCUCUGCUUCAACCCCCGGUGAAAAAUCAACUCAGAAAUCGCAGAAUGACGAUGUCGUAUCUCCAGAAAAGCCCGCGCGGUCCAUUUCUGGUCACCUCUCGUUUGGAUCGUCCAAGUUUUCAUCAUCCAAACAAAACGAGACACCAAAAUCGAGUGUCUCCAGUCCUGCCGAAUUCAACAAAUUGACUCCGAAAUCGAUUAGUCAGCGCCUCAACGUCUCGUUAUCACCAAACAGAAGACCUUUGGAGGUUCUGAAGAGUCAGAACCAGAACAACUUCCCGGCCAUCUUCCAUCCGAGUGUAAUGGAAAAAGGCGAUCAUGGUGGAGAUGAUGUAAGAUUUUGCAAUAUUUUUUUUGCAUUUUUAUGGUAGAAAAAGUGUUAAUCAUCUCGGAAAUUGCACAAAGUAAAGAAGAAUAACAGACAAAUCGAAAAACGUUCACUCAAGAUAGAAAAAAAUAAAUAUCUGCCAUAAUUGGCGGCGCCUUUAAUGUUUACCCCUGGUGUAAGGUAAUUUAUUUCGUCCAUAACUUUUGAUUGAGGUGCCAUACCUUAACUUUUGAGUCUAUGGAAUUGUAGCUUUUUUAAUGCUCUAUCCAAUGGGCAUGAUUUUUAAAAAUUUUAUAAGAAGCCACGGAUGUUACAAGUCAAAAAUGGUGAAAUUUUGAGUUUCUUUCAGAUGAGUUUUAACUUAUUCUCGCAACCUGAGAGCGGAAUCAACGCCUUAAGGAAUGGAAAACUAGACAGGAAGAGACAGCGGGAUCUGCAGGCCCAAAAAAUGCGUGAAUCAAAGCGCCUGAAGCAAUUGGCCGUCGACCAGCCCGAUUCUACAGUAACCCAAAAAAAUGGAAAUUUCAGUGUUUACAUCAAUGAGGUAUGUUUUUUCUUAUAGAUUGGUUUUGUUUUUAGAUAUUACAUAGAAUCGCAUGUGGGCUUUCAAAUUCCGUUGAAAAAUCGAAAAUUGGUCGCGUACUUUUUGAGAAAAUUGGGUUCAAAAUUAGGGUCCUAAAAGUUGCAAAAACAAAGAUGUAUGGCGAAUUAAAGAGAUGACAAACAAGAUCGACAGUUCAUGAGCCGGAAUUUUUAAACCGCCACCACCAACACUAGUUACUACAUAGUAACCCAAACCUAAGUCAAACCAGUCAAAACUUAGUCAAUCCAGCAAAUAUAGUCGACCAAUCUACAUAUACAAUGACGACGGUGGUAACGGUGGUGUUACAUCUUACAGUUAAUUAUAUUUUCCUAUAUUUAUCUCAUUUUGCUUCUUAAUUUAUAGGAUUCUCAAUAAAACUGGAAAAAUCUCAAUUUUUACCCUAAUUAUUACGCAACAGUUGCCAAGAUGCGGUAGUACAGUCCUUUUUUCUGAAAACACAUAAAAUUCUGCACUAAUUUCUGUUUUCACCGGUUGUUUUCACCAAAAACGGAAUUUUUGCCUUCUUCGUAUAAAAUGGCAACCAACAUUCUCACAAACUCGAGCGCAGCUCACAAAAAUAGUUUUUGAAGAAAAUAAAUUGGCGUGUAAAAUGCUCUUCUUGCUGUUUGGAGUAGACGUUUUGUCGAUGUUUUUCUUAAAACUCCCAAAAUAGCACCUUUUUUAUAUUAUCCUUGGCAUCCGUCUAUUACAAUAUAAAAAAGUCUGAAUUCAUACAAUUGUGCUAAUGUUUGUGAAAUUUACGAUUAAAUAUAGCAUUUUCAGGCCUCGAAAGCUUCGGACGACGAAAAAGAAAACGAAUACAAACCGGAACUGCCUCCACCCACACCAACUUCCGAGGUGGAGGACGAAGAAGUUGAAGAUGAGGAAAUCAAAGUCGGCAACGACGAAAAUUGCAACAGUCGUCCCAAAACCAAACGCCGACGCAAGAACAAGAUGAAUCGCAUGAAGAAGAAGGCUCGACGCCACUAA